CCGCCGCACCCCCCUCCCCCCGGGGCGGGCGCCGGGACGAGCUGACCGGCGGCGGGUGCGCUGCCCUCGCCUCCCCCAUUGUUCCGACUGUCUUUUUGCCUUUUGUUAUUUGCACUCGCAUUGUGUUGUUUGUCUCUGAAGCCGCCUCAUGACCAGCCAAGGGAUUUCACCUCGUCCUUGAGAGCUACACGGGGAGCGCGAGCGAGCGAGCCAGAGACUGGGGGAGAGGGACGCGCGCGCGCACACAUAGACACACACACAGACACACACACACACACACACAUACAGAGUGAAAAAAGGCGAGCCACCAAACCCAUCUCCAGUCUCCUCCCGGGGGGCCCCCCAGCCCGCCACUGUGCCACUUUGCAUCCCGCGCCCGAGGAGACGCAGAGGAAAGCCGGUAAGGCUUCUUAACCAUCCACGGUGUAGAGACACACUUCAGGAGGAUCCUUAGAAGUCUGGGACAAGCUUCACCACACGUGGCAGGUGCUGUGCUGGCCAGCUGUGACCCAAAGAUGAUGAUAAGGAUGUUCCUGCCAACAAGGAGCUAGCGGGCCACAGGGAUUCCUCUUGCUAAUGACACAAGUCCUGUCUGAAUCUACUUACAAGAUUCUGAAGCCUGAACAGAAAAUUUUGGCACUGCACUGGCAUUGCAAGAAGUAGAUAAUAUCAAGGACAUCAGGAGUGGGAGAGAUUGGAGACUCAGCAGGAUGUCUUCCAAGCGACCAGCCUCUCCGUAUGGGGAAGCAGAUGGAGAGGUAGCCAUGGUGACAAGCAGACAGAAAGUGGAAGAAGAGGAGAGUGACGGGCUCCCAGCCUUUCACCUUCCCUUGCAUGUGAGUUUUCCCAACAAGCCUCACUCUGAGGAAUUUCAGCCAGUUUCUCUGCUGACGCAAGAGACUUGUGGCCAUAGGACUCCCACUUCUCAGCACAACACAAUGGAAGUUGAUGGCAAUAAAGUUAUGUCUUCAUUUGCCCCACACAACUCAUCUACCUCACCUCAGAAGGCAGAAGAAGGUGGGCGACAGAGUGGCGAGUCCUUGUCUAGUACAACCCUGGGAACUCCUGAAAGGCGCAAAGGCAGCUUAGCUGAUGUUGUUGACACCUUGAAACAGAGGAAAAUGGAAGAGCUCAUCAAAAAUGAGCCAGAAGAAACCCCCAGUAUUGAAAAGCUACUCUCAAAAGACUGGAAAGACAAGCUUCUUGCAAUGGGAUCAGGGAACUUUGGUGAAAUAAAAGGGACUCCUGAAAGCCUAGCUGAGAAGGAGAGGCAGCUCAUGGGUAUGAUCAAUCAGCUAACCAGUCUGCGAGAGCAGCUGCUGGCUGCCCAUGAUGAGCAGAAGAAACUGGCUGCGUCUCAGAUUGAGAAACAGCGCCAGCAAAUGGAGCUGGCCAAGCAGCAGCAAGAACAGAUCGCAAGACAACAGCAGCAACUUCUGCAGCAACAACACAAAAUCAAUUUGCUUCAGCAGCAGAUCCAGGUUCAAGGUCAACUGCCGCCAUUAAUGAUUCCCGUAUUCCCUCCUGAUCAACGGACACUGGCUGCAGCUGCCCAGCAAGGAUUCCUCCUUCCUCCAGGCUUCAGCUAUAAGGCUGGAUGUAGUGACCCUUACCCUGUACAGCUGAUCCCAACUACCAUGGCAGCUGCUGCCGCGGCAACACCAGGCUUAGGCCCACUCCAACUGCAGCAGUUAUAUGCUGCCCAGCUAGCUGCAAUGCAGGUAUCUCCAGGAGGAAAGCUCCCAGGCGUAUCCCAAGGCAACCUUGGUGCUGCUGUAUCUCCUACCAGCAUUCACACAGACAAGAGCACAAACAGCCCACCACCCAAAAGCAAGGAUGAAGUGGCACAGCCACUGAACCUAUCAGCUAAACCCAAGACCUCUGAUGGCAAAUCACCCACAUCACCCACCUCUCCCCAUAUGCCAGCUCUGAGAAUAAACAGUGGGGCAGGCCCCCUCAAAGCCUCUGUCCCAGCAUCAUUAGCUAGUCCUUCAGCCAGAGUUAGCACAAUAGGUUAUUUAAAUGACCAUGAUGCUGUCACCAAGGCAAUCCAAGAAGCUCGGCAGAUGAAGGAGCAGCUCCGGCGGGAACAGCAGGUUCUUGACGGGAAGGUGGCUGUUGUGAAUAGUCUAGGUCUCAAUAACUGCCGGACAGAAAAGGAAAAAACAACACUGGAGAGUCUGACUCAGCAACUGGCGGUCAAACAGAAUGAAGAAGGAAAAUUUAGCCAUGCCAUGAUGGAUUUCAAUAUGAGUGGAGAUUCUGAUGGAAGUGCUGGAGUCUCAGAAUCAAGAAUUUAUAGAGAAUCCAGGGGGCGUGGUAGCAAUGAACCCCACAUAAAACGUCCAAUGAAUGCCUUCAUGGUGUGGGCUAAAGAUGAACGAAGGAAAAUCCUUCAAGCCUUUCCUGACAUGCACAACUCCAACAUCAGCAAGAUACUGGGAUCUCGCUGGAAAGCUAUGACAAACCUAGAGAAACAGCCAUACUACGAGGAGCAAGCCCGUCUCAGCAAGCAGCACCUGGAGAAGUACCCUGACUACAAGUACAAGCCCAGGCCGAAGCGCACCUGCCUGGUGGAUGGCAAAAAGCUGCGCAUUGGGGAAUACAAGGCAAUCAUGCGAAACCGGCGGCAGGAAAUGCGGCAGUACUUCAAUGUUGGGCAACAAGCACAGAUCCCCAUCGCGACGGCUGGCGUCGUGUACCCAGGAGCCAUCGCCAUGGCUGGGAUGCCCUCCCCUCACCUGCCCUCGGAGCACUCCAGCGUGUCCAGCAGCCCAGAGCCCGGCAUGCCUGUUAUCCAGAGCACGUAUGGUGUGAAAGGAGAGGAGCCACACAUCAAAGAGGAGAUCCAGGCUGAGGACAUCAACGGAGAAAUUUAUGAUGAGUACGACGAGGAAGAGGAUGAUCCGGAUGUAGAUUAUGGGAGUGACAGUGAAAACCAUAUUGCCGGACAAGCCAACUGAUAAGGGUCAAAAGAUUGUUGUGACCUUAGGACUUAAAGAAGCCCUAGCUGGUUCAUCCUUACCAGUGGCCAAGCACAUUAACUUUCUCAUACACUGACUGUUACUUUAACUGUUAGUCUUAACUAGUUGGGACAUCAGCUGACUAAUAGACCUCAGCCUCAAAAGGCUUGGAAAGGAAAUAAAAAUACAACAAGCAGACAACAAUAUCAACAACAAGAGAUUGAAAUAAGCUAUGGGUAAAAUAAUGCCAGUAAUUCAGCUGCUACAUCCAAGCACUGAAGUCUUACCCGUCAACUUUUUUUUUUAAUAAACUUUAUGGCUGUUUGUUCUACAAUGUUCUAGAAAUUCUCACUCAGGUACACAGUGCCAACAAGUGGCUUGUGAAUGUGUUUUGUUGUUUUGUGCUACAAUUUUUAAAAGAAAUAAGUUUUGUUUUGUUUUUCGGGGUUUCUGGGUUUUUUCCUUUUCUUUUCUUUCCUUUGGUUUAUUUUUUGUUUGUUUGUUUUUGUUUUGUUUUGGUAAUGCACCUGACAGAAAAAAAAAGAAAGAUGACUUUCUCUUUCAUUCUCUCCACCUUCUCCAUCUCUAUACUUUAAAGAUGGAAGUCUGUGCAUGGGGGGGGCGGGGGAAGAGGGAAAAAGAGCCUGUUUUUAACUUCCUUGGUAUCCACCACAAAAUAAGCAAUCAUUUUCUUUAGAGGACUUUCCUUAUCUGUUGCACACCACACUACAUCUUUGAGUAAGUGCCAAAUUUGUACUGAAGUGUUGACCCAGUUGAUUUUUUUCCCUUUCCUUUUUCCUGUUCCUUCUUAAAUUAGGACAGUGUUAUAUCUUAGACAAUCCCUUGAAAAACCUGAAAUACCAGCAGCUGGUGAGAUUUGACUUUUUUUUCUUUAAUGGAAACUGUAGGUGCUGUUCUCAGGUGAAAAGAGAGAGAGAGACAUAAGAAAUUUAGAGAAAAAAAUAUUUUCUAAUCUUGGAUUUUUGUGUGUAUGUAUGUGUGUGAUUAUGGUACUAAUAGGAAUAAUGUUGGAUCAUUGUGAGUUAAACCCACAUCUGGGGAUGAAAUCCCACAUCCUUCUAAAUGACUGGUCUGGAAGCAUCCUUGACCUUGACUUUGCACUUCAAAUGACAACUUAACCAAUAUAGGGCUCAGAAAUUAUAUUUUUAAAUUUCUAAUAUGAUUAUUAUUGGAUGGAUCAGGUGGCCCUGUAUAGUAGAGGGGUGCGUGUGUAACGUGGAAGCCGAAUUCUCCCAGAUGUUCCACUAACAUUUGCUACUUAACGAUUUCUGUUUUGUUUUUCCUUUUGGUAACUUCGAGCAAAACAGUCGUUUCCUUUGAAUAUAUUUGCCCAUUUUCUAGAAAUAUAGGAUUAGCUUAUUUCUUCAACAUUCCAUCCUUUCCUGAUCAAGAAAUGGAACUGAUGAUUUUAUAAGGUAUUCUUAAUCCCUCCAUGAAAUGAGAUGGAGGCCAUUUGCAUUUCAGAAUUGUGGGCCAGGUACAUUUCAUGCCAUAAAAAGCAGGAUUUGUUCAGAAGUCAUUGCAACGCUUGCCACUGCUCUACUCUUGCUGUAAGAUGUAUCCUCUGAAGUCCAGUUUCUGAUUCCAGCAGAGUGUGUGCACAGAGCAACAACUGAUGGUGAAAGGACUGCUUAGUUAGACUUUGCUAGCCAAGUGCCAAGGCAGUUGUAGGGCUUGUUCAAAUAAAUGGGAAAUCAUCUAAAGUGAAUCAGCGCUGCUCAUGCUGAAGCAUUAGACAGUAAAUACUCCAACCAGUAGAUUGGAUGUGCUAUGGUUUUCACUCCAGUCAUCAUUUUCCUAUCCCACCCUCCCCAAACCUGACCCUUAAGUUUGAUUUUUACAUAUAAAUAAGAAAAAAAUCCCUUUUUAUUUUUCUCUCUCUCGAAAGACUUGCUCUGGGGUUUUGCUUGGAGGAGCUAAUCAUACCCUGCAUGUCAGAGACCUUGUUUUGUUUGUUUUUCUGUUUGUUUUUGAUGACUGUAUUUUCAUUUGAACUGCCUCUUUUUGCUAGUGUUGUAAUGAUGAUGAUGAUGAUAAAAUAAUAAUAAUAAUAAUAGUAAUAAUAAUAAUGGUCAGCUGUUCCCAGAUUAGUAAGUUAUGUAUAAUUUAUUUCUCCCUUUCUAUUUUAUUCUCCUCUGAUUUGGAAGUGCAGUCAAUAAGUUGUUAGAUAUUUAAAACAAAUUUCCAUCUCCAACACGUGUGUGCAUAUAUAUAUAUACAUACACAUGUGUGUAUAUGUGUGUAUGUAUAUAUACACACACACACACACACACACACACAUAUUCACUCACACUGUUUUGUUUCUCCUUCCAGAAGUUUUCUCCUUUUUAAAAAUUUGGCCCCAACAAACGUCAAGUUCUGGUGUUUUAAUACAUACAAGUGAAUUACUAAGAGGGUUGUGUUCAGUCUUAAUUAACUUAUGCUCUCUUCACUCAUUUUAUUUAAUUGCCACAGUCAUCUAGAGCCAAUUUUGUUUUUGUUUGUUUUGUUUUGUUUUUAAGCACUCUGGAUAAAAAAAAAUAGACACUUGUUUUUAUAUCGUUACUAUGUACAAUGUGAAAACAGAUUUUUAAAAAUUUGUUGUGUUUGUUAACAAAUUCUUUCUGACUCAUGUGCGUUCACCUCUCACUUUUGCUGGAUACUUAUUUCCCACCAUGUUAAAAAGAUGCUUUGUUUUCAUUUCAUGACUUUGGGCUACAAGAAUACUUUGUUUUAACUCCAGGUAGAUGCCUCAGAGGGCAUUCAUGACCGACACCAGUUCUAACACACUUACCAGUGAAUUGACAAAACACUUUUGUUGAGUCAUUUUUUGUUUUUCGUUUUUUUUUAUCUUGUUUUAUUUGAAGAGGAAAAUGAAAUUGUUAAUGGUGACCUUUAACAGCUGAAAUUCAAGAGUUGAUUUUAAUGUUACAUAGUUAGGUUUAUGUCAGAGAGGUGAAAAUGUGCAUGGGUUGAAACGAAGAGCAAGUUCAUAGCUUUGCAUUCUGUUCUCUUGUUUUGAUGUCCAAUUCACUGAGGGUCACAAUUGUUUUGCCUUAACUUUCCCCAAAAGAAAACAACAAAAUCAUGUUAAUGUUUAAAAUGCUUUGAAGUCAUUUGAUAAAAGGUGCUAUGAAUGGCAAAGUAUUGGGUUAGCACAUUGCCUUUGGGGCAUUUGAUAGGUUUAUAAGUUUCGUAAAAGAUCCUAAAACCUGUAUUCUUUUUCUCUGCCCCGUAAUGACCAAAAAAGACCAGAGAGAGGGAAUGCGAGUAAGAGCAAACUCAGAUGAACAUAAAGUCUCCCUUCUCUUUCAUUCCCUACCUACCUGUUCACUUUUCACAUACCACCCCCCACCCCAGUCUCUCUCUCUCUCUGUCUCUCACACACACACACACACACACAUGCUCACCCCAGUACUGAGGGAUAAUCUUGCCAGAAUUCUGUUUUUGUUUUUGUUUAUGGCUGUUGUAAUCAAUUUUUCUAAAAAUGCUCAUAUUUUAAUAUGAAUCUAGGAGAGCAUCACUGGAGAAAAUAGGUUACAGUUAUUCAUAUAUAAGAUACUAAGAAUUUGGCCAGUAACUACAAUUGAAUAAAAUACAAGACUAUUCUUCAGUCCACUUAUACCUAAAUUAGUUAAGUCGAUUCUUAACGUUUAUUUUGACAUCUGCAGUUAAGAGUUAACCAUAUAUAAAAUCCCUCCCAAAGAGCGUAAUCAUUAUUGCAACCAAAUCCUCUUUAUAAGAAACAAAUAUAAAAGAAUUUCUUUGAUGAAACCAUUUCAUAGAUUUGAUUUUGACAUAGGCAUUUUACCUUCAUUCAUUUAAAGAAAAUUAUCUUUAAAUAUUUUAUGGUCCAACUUCAGAUAUUUUCUUAAUCCAGAAGAUGUUAUUGUUCCCAGAAGAAAUGUCUUAUAUCACAUUGAAAACAUCAAAAAUCAUUACAUUUUCAUUUGUUCUGAUGGGUAAAUUAUUUGAAUUGUAAUAAACAACUGUAUAUUUACAAACAGGUUUAUAAAAUAUUUGUCUAUCAAGUUAAUAGUAAAAUAAAAAUUAUAGGGUCUGCGAGGAAAAAUAUGAAGCCCACUUAAAGUGGUUCAGAGAUCUCGUUCAUCUUAUAGGGCAUAGGUUUUUGUUUAGACAGGCUUUUACAGUAUUUAAUUUUAAUGUUUCCUAUAACUAUCGGUUUCCCAGGUUGAAGAUGUUAGGUUUUCUACUGAUUGAUUCCUGUCCUCCCCAGUGUUUCUGUCACUGGUUCACUAGAACAGUAUUUAUACAGCUCCACUGGCUCUAAAGCUCUUAGUCCUUCUAACAUUUUGGAUUUUAUGAGUAAAAAUGGGAAAAAGUAGAAAAGAGACAAUCAAAUGCCUGGAGCUUAAAACAAAGUAUGUGCAACCUACCAUCUCACUUGAAAUUUAAUAAAAUAAAUAAUUAUGUAAAUAUAACAUAGAGUUAUAGAUUUAUAUUUUGUUCAUAACACAUAGUGUAAUAUAAGUUGUAUAUUUUCAUGUUUUUGGUUUUAUGUUAUCAUUCAUGCCACAAUAAAAAUAAAACAGGAGUUUAUGUACUCUUAAAAAAAAAGAUGUGGGUUGCCACCAACCUGUUUUUUUUUUUUUUUUUUUGGUUUGUUUUUUGUUUUUAUUUUUUGUUUUUGCAUUCUCUUUUUUCAGUAUUACUGCCAUGCAAGGCACCAAUAAAAACAGCAAAUGUGUUCUUUACCUA